UUUUACUCAUCUCUUUAGGAAUUCGCUGGUCAAACAAUGACGCAGGAGGAGCAGAAACAUUUGCUGCAUGGGACACUUUCUGCAACAAUAUAUGGGAUAGAUGAGCUACCAUUUGGAUGUAGAGAGAAUUUUUGCCUCCAGGGGACGAUGACUGCAAGCAAGUUCCAGAAAAAAUGUCUCGCCACAUUCAAGAGAACGGCGUUAGGUCCACAGCUGUAUGCAACGGUUGAUCUAGACAAAGCCAGAGUUGCCCGAACAGGUGUUGUAAGACACAAGCCAUCUUCGCCCCAAUGGAACGAGACCUUCCGCAUAUAUUGUGCCCAUUUGAUCUCACAUGUUAUAUUCACUGUAAAGGAUAACAGUCCGAUAGGAGCAGUGCUAAUAGGCCGAGCUUAUUUGCCUGUCAAAGAUAUUAUUGUAGCCAAUGGGGCGACCGUGACUUGCAAUCUUAAAAUACAGGAUGAGGAGCGUAAGGCACUACCUGGACAGCCACAAAUCCGUGUUGCAUUGCAGUUUCAAAGUGUUAUCCAGGAGGAAAGUUGGGGUGUGGGAAUUAAAACCCCGGGUUUUGAGGGAGUUCCUUACACUUUCUUUCGACAGCGACAGGGCUGCAAAGUUACUCUGUAUCAAGAUGCCAAUAUCUCCGAUGGUUUCAAGCCUGACAUACCUGGGAUGACUUAUGACCCUCGAAGAUGUUGGGAAGACAUCUAUGAUGCAAUUAAUAGUGCCCAACACUUCAUUUAUAUAACCGGUUGGUCUGUUUACACUGAGAUAACUUUGAUAAGGGAUCCAAAGAAAGAAAAGCCUGGAAGUGAUGAAACACUUGGGAACCUGCUUUUGAAGAAGGCCAGGGCAGGGGUGAAAGUUCUUUUGCUUGUUUGGGAUGAUAGAACUUCCAUUGAAUUGCUGAAACAGGAAGGCUUGAUGUCAACCCAUGACGAAGAAACAUCGGCCUAUUUUCGGUUUAGGGGAGUGCAUUGUGUUUUAUGUCCUCGUAAUCCUGAUAAUAAACGAAGCUUUGUCGAGGGCAUUAAAAUUGCUACCAUGUUUACUCACCAUCAGAAGACACUUAUAGUUGAUAGCGAAAACCCGAAUCCAGGAGAGAACCGAACGGUUGUCAGUUUUAUCGGCGGUAUUGAUCUUUGUGACGGAAGAUAUGAUACGCAAGAUCAUCCUUUAUUUGAUACAUUGAAAGACAUCCAUCAUGAUGAUUUCCAUCAGCCAAACUUCAAUUACUCAUCAAUCGAGAAAGGCGGUCCGAGGGAGCCUUGGCAUGAUAUUCAUUGCAAACUAGAAGGUCCGGUUGCUUGGGAUGUCCUUUACAAUUUCGAACAAAGGUGGUUAAAACAAGCUGUGUGUAGGAAACAUCACCUGUUUUCUACGAAGAAGCUAGAAGAAAUGACAUGCCGACCACCAAAGAACCUGCCUUUAGAUCACAGUGAAACAUGGUGUGUCCAGUUAUUUCGAUCCAUUGAUAACGGGGCGGUUGUUGGCUUUCCUGAAAAUGUUAAGAUAGCACAUCAAUAUGGCCUUCUAAGUGGAAAAAACACCAUCAUUGAACGAAGCAUUCAAGAUGCAUAUAUCAAUGCAAUUCGCCGAGCAAAGAACUUCAUUUACAUUGAAAACCAAUAUUUCCUAGGAAGCUCCUUUGGUUGGAACUCUGAGGACGUCAAGGAUGAAGAUAUUGCUGCUUUAAAUCUCAUACCAAAAGAACUCUCCCUAAAGAUUGUAAGUAAAAUUAAAGCAGGCGAGAGGUUUUCAGUGUACAUUGUGAUUCCAAUGUGGCCUGAAGGUAUACCAGAGAGUGGUCCUGUCCAGGCAAUCUUAGAUUGGCAAAGGAGAACCAUUCAAAUGAUGUAUCGUGAUGUUGCUCAAGCCCUUCACAAUAAGGGCAAUCCCCGAGACUAUUUGACGUUUUUCUGCCUUGGGAACCGGGAGAAAAAUAACAAGAGUGGAGAGUACUUACCUAAUGAGAAACCAGACCCUAAUUCAGAUUAUGGGAGAGCUCAACAGUCACGCCGAUUUAUGAUCUAUGUUCAUUCAAAGAUGAUGAUUGUUGAUGAUGAGUACAUAAUCAUUGGCUCUGCCAACAUCAAUGAGAGAUCAAUGGCUGGCUCAAGAGACUCUGAGAUUGCAAUGGGGGCAUUUCAACCAUAUCAUUUAGCUACUAAGCAACCGGCUAGGGGUCAGAUAUAUGGUCUUCGUAUGGCUCUUUGGAAAGAACAUCUCGGUCAGCGCCAUGACUCUUUCGCUACUCCAGAAACCGAGAAAUGCGUCCAGGAAGUGAAUUCUAUUGCUGAAAGAAACUGGGUUUUGUACUCAAGUGAAGCACUAGAGGAGGAUCUGCCGGGUCACCUGCUUCGCUACCCCAUUAAUGUUGGAGAAGAUGGCUCAGUUUCAUCCCUUCGAGGGGCUGAAAAUUUUCCAGACACCAAUGCUCCUGUCCUUGGAAGCAAAUCAAACAUCCUUCCUCCAAUAGUAACUACUUAGUUUCAUAGCUGCCAAUACAGGAUUUGCUUGAAAAAUAUUUGUAGCCAUGUAUUUAAGGAAUCGGAACGGAUUUAUAUAUUUAAUAAUAUAUAUUAUAUUUUCAAAA